CCUUGAUGUUCACACUAAUAUCUUGUCUCUCGAUGAAGCUUGGAAAUUUUCUAAUUUACCUCGACGAAGGUGAGGCUGGGAGUGGGAAGUGCCUCUGAAACAAGUGUUCCAUUUCAUUUUAUAAAAAGUUUCGUCUCCUGGUUACCUGAUCAUCAGAAUACGGCAAUCAAAUCCGGUCUUCUUGCUUCUAUAUGGACAUGGGUGAAUUUCUUGAGAUUGGCGAUGAUGAAGCCGGUCAAUCUUUUUCAUCGAGGUAUCUGGAACAGCUGGUGCCAGAUGAAAGUUCCUUGCUCGAUGACACUAACUUUAUGCAACCUCCGAUGGAAAUGCCAUACUUUGGCAGGGGGCAUAAGAAGACGAAGGCUGGCCUCCUGCCUGACAAGCCAUACAUUUGUAAAAUCUGCCACACUCCAUUCACCAAUUCGUCUAACCUCAAAGCUCAUGAGAGAACGCAUACCGGUGAGAAACCUUAUGUCUGUGAUAUUUGCAAUUUAGCUUUUGUGCAAAGUUCUAACUUGAAGGCUCACCUCAGAACACAUACUGGGGAACGUCCUUAUUCGUGUGAUAUUUGUGGUCAGACGUUCUCUCGAUCAUCACACUUAACGGGGCACAAGAGAACUCAUACUGGAGAAAAGCCUUAUAUAUGUGGAACCUGUGGAGAGACUUUUGCGACUAGCACUCAUUUACGCAAUCACGUCCGCAAGCAUUCCACUGUCAAUCCAUACACAUGCAACAUUUGUGAGCUGACCUUCCAACACAACGCUCAGCUGAAACAUCACAUGCGAGCUCAUAACGGCGAUAGACCGUAUAAAUGUUGCGACUGUGCCGGUGCUUUUCGUUCAAAAGGUGACUUGAGGAGUCAUCGAAAACUUCACACGGAUGACCGACCAUAUAUCUGCGGCAAGUGCGGCAAAACAUUCAAAACAUAUCCAUAUCUAUGUAAACAUUUGAAGAAAUGCGUAAUCUCACUAGAGGGAGGAGAACAAAGUCAAGAUACGACCGCCCAAAAUGAACAACAAGAAAUUUUUGGUACUGCUACUGAGCCGGACAUGCCUCUGACGUUCAUAAAAGAAGAGCCUGUCGAUCUCGAAUCCUUCGAGCUCAUGGACGAAAAUGGGCAAAUAAUAUCGUUGAAGGGUCUUCUAGAAGAUGGAGCUCAAAUUAGAAUAGGCGAGAUUGAUUCUGGUAAACAAUCAAGACAAUUUGUAGAUAAGGGCACAGUGCAAACUUUUGAAACUGUGGCCCAAGGGGACAUCCCCGCUUUUCAAAUUCAUUAUAAAUUAUAGUUAUUGUUUUUUUUUGUUCUCAUAUAAUUAAGGUACUAGUUUCCAAUUGAUAAUGUUUGAAAAUUAUCUUAAAUGUCGUGUGUUUUAUACAGCAGAAAGACCUUGACAAUAAAACCUAAAGAACUUAUGCUGAAGGUGGUGCAAACCUAUGAAUUAAUUUUAUUUUUAAGUAUAAUACAAUGUUGAAAUCUUCAUGUCAGAAAACUUAAAUUAAUUUAAUUUUGCCUUUACCAGCGCCUGACUUCGCUAGAUUUUGUGGGGUGUAAAAUUAUUUCGACUUGAAAAACAUAGUAUAUUUUCAUAUAUAUAUCUUCAGGAUAACAAAUCAUUCAGUUAGAUUAGUUAUGAUACUCUGGUGCGGAAAAAAUUCUUCUAACAUCUCGGUAUUCAUUAAACCAAAUACAAAAUAAGAGGAUUAGUAAGAAAUUAUUUGCAGUUCAUGAAUUUUUGCAAUCUUUGUACUCAAGAUUGCGCCACUUCAGUAGAUGUAAUACGGCGCUUCCCUGGUAAUACAAUAGAGAGUUGCUAAAAACGUAAAAGUCUUAUGAGUAUUUCCAAACGAACUUAUGGUUUCCGUCAGAAUAACUAAUAUUUUGCUGGUUUAGGCCACAAGAAACGCAAGGAUAAUUAAUUAUAUCCCUAUGAAUUUAGUUCAUAAAUGAACUAGUUACAGUUCAGUUGAACUGGUCAAGACUAACGCUGAUCACGCAGAACUAAGCUACUAAAGAGAAACGGCAAUGAAGAUAUUCUAUAGCUCACGAAAUUUUGAGAAUUAUGUCUCAAAAGGCAAGUCAUAACCAUCUACGUAUUAAAGUUGUUACAAUUUACCCUGUAGACGUUCAAUUUGUACGUUAUAAUUAAUGUUUUAUAAUAAAAACUGCAGACUG